UAGUAAAUACUAAGUAGUAAGUAUGUGGCACUCACUGGCAGCUGGUAACUAGUAGUAAAUUUUAAUUAGUGAUUUCUUGUUUACCUUGCUAAUUGUUAUUUGUUACGUUAAAGUGAAUUGUAAAUUAACAGCACUAAUUAAGUAUCAAUUAUUAAAAAAUUUACGGUCUCUAGUCACGUGAAAAAUAAGCUCUAUCGUGAUCCCAGUUUCAACGAAGAUGUUUGCACCGGUAAAAGAUACCUUCUUAUAUUUUGCGUAUGGAAGCAAUUUGUUGAAGAAGAGAAUUCAUAUCAAUAAUCCUUCUGCUGAAUUUAUUGGAAUUGGAAGACUUGACAAUCAUCUUCUGGACUUCAUGAAAUACAGUGAUCAUUGGAGAGGGACAUCAGCGACUAUUGUCCCUAUUCAAGAUUCUCAUGUUUGGGGAGCUGUGUGGAGAGUUCAGAACAAAGAUAUGCCUUCUCUAGACUGGCAAGAAGGUGUGGAUACAAAUUGGUAUUUCCCAAAAACUGUUGACAUUGUGACACUUGAUGGAGAGACUGUUCAAUGCAGGACGUAUCAACAAACAGUCAAUCCACCACCUAGAAAAGAAGAUGAACUGUUGCCAGAAGAUAGACGGCCUUCAUCAACAUAUUUAGAUUGUAUUUUAAAAGGAGCUGAGGAAUGUUUUUUACCUAAAGAAUAUAUUUUAAAAUUAAAAAAAAUACCUCAUAAUGGGAAAAAAGCUUCCCCUAAAAUGAUAGAAAAGUUAAACAUGAUGUAAUGUUUCAGUUCCAUUAUUAUAGUGAUUUCAUCAAAGAGUUUUAUGUGAUAUUUUGUGUAAGAAGAUUUAUUUAUAAUUGACAAGUGAAAUUCUUUCUAUUAAAUUGUCAUAGCAGUCAUAAAAAUUAUGUCAAAAUAUAUAUUUUCCUUUAG